GCUGAAAGAACGAUGGAGUUUCAGUCAAGACUAAGGUCAUGCACGGUGUUGCGAUAAUCGGAGCAAGAUACCUCUCGGCAUCGGGAUCUCAGGGUGGUCUCGACACGAACGCUUACGAAGGAAGCGACUAUCCCACACACGCAUUUACUCCGGCAGAUAUGUAGGCUCUUUGCCAUAAAGCAUACGAAGCAUCUUUCGAAGCCCAUCGCCUCCUCCGAGUAGGGAUAAAGUGAGAGUCGGUAUAAAAGGGGAUUUCUUUCCUCUCUUGGGAUCGCAGUCGAUCUUGUUCGUUUGCGGCUAUCUCCGUGCGUUUGCCACCAAACUCCCGUCACACAUUCACGUCGAUCCGUCUAGACGAGGUGCACGACUCGUGAGUCAGGAUGAAAUACGUGGUGUUAGCAAUGAUUCUGGGAUUGGCGGUGGCGCAAGAUCCAAAUUACCAUGGACGCAACUACCAGCAGGAUGAUGGACAACAUCAGGGUGACAACAGACGACCUUUAAGCACUACGCCCAUCCCAAUCUUGCAUUGGAACAAGCAACAGGAACAUGACGGGACCUACAAGAUAGGUUACGAAACGGGCAACAAUAUCAUCGCCGAGGAAAGCGGCUACAUCAAGACCAUCGGCGAAGGUGAAGACCGGGCGGAGGCGAUCGUGCAGCAAGGCACCUUCUCGUACACGAGUCCCGAGGGACAGCUGAUCACCAUUCACUACACCGCCGACGAGACCGGCUUUCACGCGCAGGGCGAUCACAUUCCCACGCCACCGCCCGUUAGCGAGGAGAUCCAGAAAGGCCUCGACCUCAUCUACGCGGGUAUUCGUCAGCAAGAGGAGGAAGACGCUCGCGCAGCAGCCCAAAAGCCACAGCAGCCACUGAGCCAGCAGGUCGACAGGCGGGAUGAAUACAACAGAAAGUAUCAAUAGCAAGCCCACCCCCCGUCGAUGCUUGAGCGAUUCGCAGCACUGUACCGUUAUUAAGAAAUAGCCAUUAAGUUGUUAAGUUACUUUAUCUUCUCGCGCCCCAAAUACACUUUCCAUUCUAUAAACAUUUGUAGUAAGAAACAACGCUUGGUAAGUUCGACUUCGCUCUUUCAUCCUUCCACCGUUGACCAUGUCGAUCCUUUCUCAACGUGAGAUCCUGGCAUUCGUAUAUGGCACCAUUAAUGAUUUAUCUCCUACUAUCUCUCUGUACCGGCGCGGCGCCGCCACCGCCGCCGCGUAAUUGUGCUCUUCGGUGGGAACUGACAUUUCUUGUGUCGCGAUAGAGAAAAAUGUCACGGGAUUAAAUCGCACCCAGCGAACUGAUCUACUCGUGAUCGAGUCUACGUCCAUUCAUGGCGCUAUCACCUUUAUACCUCGCCGUAGAACAUUUCUGUAUUUAGUGCGAGAACCUAGAACUUUGAUGCAAUUAUUCGAUAGCCUUUUUUUAUAUAUAUACAUAUAAUACUCUUCUCUCUAUAUGUGUACUUAGGAGAAGCAUUUUUUUUUCUUCUCUUAGAGCAUCCGUAUUUUUAAUAUUUUAACUGUGUUAAUUUUUUCGCACAGCACUUUUGUACGACACGAUUUAUUUAAUUUUUAGUUAUUUCUCAUUUCUGAAUUAUCGUAGAAAGAAAAAAGUAUUAUUUAUGAAAGGAAAAAGUAUAAUUUCAAUAGAUGUUUAUUAGGUAUAUGUGCCGUGUGCAACAGCAAUAAAAACGGGAAAUGAGAAUGUAGCGGCGAAAGGAAUCAAAUUAUUCGUUGCCCGAAUAAGCACGUCGACUUCUUACCGUCACCGAUUACAUACAUCAACGAGCGUGUAUUCUCAUGCGUGUAUAAAUCUAUAUGCGAGCAUGCAGAUACUCAAUAAAUCUUCCGUGGAAUGAAGAAUUAUCACGGCCUACAAACGCCGAGAGAUCUGCGUUCGGGCUUGGCCGGGGGGAAGAAAAUAUAGGAUAGACGUGUGUUUAACGGAGCGAAGCGUCUUUAUUGUUAGUCUCGAGUACAUAGAAAUCUAUAAGGGCAUCAGUCUUCGUUCUCGGAGAGGAAAGAAAGAGAGCGCACUCUCCGAGGCCGGUGAAACUUUUCACGAGGUAGCGCGUCAAGGCCGGUGAAACUUUGAAUUGAGGUACGAUAAUCGGAUAAGCGGACGCCGACGCUCCUGAAUGCACGUCGCACUGAUUACGCGAUAUGGGAUCACCGAUAAUACCGUCCCUCGCAAUCCAAGCAUUGCUACAAAUAACGAAACGCUUAAGAACAUUGACAGCAUUUGGAAAUAAUUACGGGAAAUUUGUGGAUCUGUAAGACGAGAUUAAAAUAGAUUUUAGAUGAAUUUACGACAAUGUUACUUUGUGUAUACCGUCAAAAUUGCUAUAUGAAAAAUAUAUACUAUCAGAGCCUAGUCAGACUCGAUGAGAAACUUCUCUUUAGCUUGUGGCAGCAGAAAGCCCAUUCUACAUAAAAUGAGUUUCAAUCUGAUAACCCCUAUACAACUCAUUAAUAUUUAACGUUUAAUUUCAACAUUGUAUCAUAUUAACAUUUUUAUGUAUUUUAAAAUAUGGGAUACGCACGAUUAAAGCUGCACAUACCGGAUCAAAUGUUACUAAAAGUGUUAAAUUGUUAUCAGGAACGCUGAUUCAUUCGGAACUAGAUACAUAUGUCUCAAAUGCAAAUGCUUGUAUUGCUUAAAGUUGCACGUGAACAUAACUGUACGACUUCUAUAUUAAAAAUCCCGUGUCGAAUUCCGAUGAAAUAAUUAAAGUGGCCAAACUUCUGGCCAUUUUUUUUUUAAAUAUCUACCAUAAUAUUUCUGGUGAAACAACAAUUCGGUGUUAAAUAGAAUUUUAUUUGCCUGCUGCUUUCGUGUAAACUAUCUGAUAUCACAUGUUUAACAUUUUACGCUCGAGCGAUCGUCCGCUUUCACAUUUAUUUGCAAAAUAAGUUAAGCAUAAAACGAUAUUCCUUACGCACAGAUCGUAUCUCUUGUCUCUACGCGGACAGUUGCAAUGUCAUUCGCGGGGGAGGGGG